AUCUACCUAAACUGUAACUGUAUAUUUCGGAAAUCAAAAAGUUUGUUUUCAUUUUAUGAGUAGUGCAGACGUAAUGCUUUGUGAAGUGUCAGAUUUCUGAUAUUCUUAUGGUCAUACAACAUUUUUCACUAUGAAUCCUGCAUCAAGAAGAACAAGUGGUCCCAGGAGACAGAAGGGAGUUAGACCAGAAAACCCUCCAGCAUAUAAUCAGUAUGGACAGUUCAAUCCAGCACCACAGUUAUUUAAUGACACUAGUGGUGGAUAUGUACCACCUUAUCCACAAUCCCCUGGGAUGGCUGGUGGCCCUCCUGGUGGUUGGGAUCAAAAUUAUCCUCAACCAGCAUUCCCUGGACAACAACUCUUAACAGAUCCAAUGGCUUCUAUGGCUAUGCAGUAUGGUCAAACAAUUGCUGGACAAGGAAAACAAAUGGUUGAAGAGAAGCUCGAGAAAUACGUUUCCAUAUCUAAAGUGAAAUAUUAUUUUGCUGUUGAUACUGGUUAUGUUACAAAAAAACUAGGACUUUUAUUUUUUCCAUUUACUCACAAAGAAUGGGCUGUACGUUUCAAUAACCAGAAUGAACCUGUUGCUCCACGAUAUGAUGUUAAUGCUCCUGAUCUUUAUAUCCCUUCAAUGGCAUUUGUUACAUACAUUUUAAUUGCUGGAUACAUUCUUGGAUCUCAAAGCAGAUUCAGCCCUGAACAACUUGGAAUGCAGGCAAGCUCAGCAUUGGGAUGGUCUCUAGUUGAGAUAGCCAUCUUAUUCUUUGCUCUCUAUUUGUCAAAUGUCACACCCUAUGUCAAAGUUUUUGAUUUGGUUGCAUUCUGUAGUUAUAAAUAUGUAUGUAUGGUUGCUGCAUUAAUUGCUUGUAUCAGCUUUCAAUCACUUGGCUAUUAUGUGGCACUUGGAUAUUGUACUUUAUCUUUGGGUUUCUUUUUGAUACGAACAUUGCGUGUACUUAUAUUGCCAAAAACCACUGCUGACCAUUUUUCUUCAAGCAGUAGACAUAGUUCUUAUUUACUUUUGGGUAUUAGCAUUAUCCAACCUAUCCUUAUGUAUGUAUUAACAAAACAUUUGGUUUCACCUCCUCCAGUUUUGGAUGUGAAAAUCUGAAAAUAAAUCUCAUUAAAUUUUU